UCACUUUUUUUUGAAGGCUGAAAAAAAAGCCUGAGUAAUAAACAAAAUAUUAGGAAAUUUAUAUAUAUCAUUGUAAUCAUUAUUAUUAAUGAUAACAAGUUGAUAUUUCGAUUAACAAAUUAAUAUUUUUGAUAAACAGCACUUAACAUUUAUUCACGGCGUGCGCUUGCCGUUCAAAGGCCUCGCCUUAAAUGAAUAAAUAAGUUAUUUUUUAAUUAAUAAAUAAGAUAGAAACAACAGGAAGUUGCGUUCAGAGUGGAAGACCCGCGAGGAGGACAGGGAGGAGGAGGAGAGAGAGGCGGUUGGUCAAGGGAGAUCUUCACUUCCGGGGUCGAGGAGGUCGCUGCGGCGCGAGCGUGCGAGGCGGGAGAGGAGGCGGCGCUUGCGGCGCAACGGAGGGAGCCGAGGAGCCGCUUCUAUGGCGCUGAGUCUGGACCGCGAGGCCUACUACCGCCGCGUCAAGCGUCUCUACAGCAACUGGCAGAAAGGAGAAGAUGAAUAUGCCACCAUUGAUGCUAUCGUGGUUUCAGUUGGAGUCGACGAAGAGACUGUCUAUGCCAAGUCCACAGCCCUGCAGACAUGGCUGUUUGGCUACGAACUCACAGACACCAUCAUGGUUUUCUGUGAGGACAAGAUCCUCUUCAUGGCUAGCAAAAAGAAGGUGGAGUUCCUGAAGCAGAUUGCAAACAGCAAAAACAAUGAGAGCACCAAUGGGGUGCCGGCUAUCACGCUGCUUGUACGGGAGAAGAAUGAAAGCAAUAAGGGAAACUUUGACAAGAUGAUCGAAGCCCUAAAAAUUAGCAAGAAUGGCAAACGCAUUGGGGUCUUCAGCAAGGACAAGUUUCCUGGGGAGUUCAUGAACAGCUGGAAUGAUGCUCUCAACAAAGAAGGCUUUGAGAAGGUGGACAUCGGUGCUGUGGUGGCCUACACCAUUGCCGUAAAAGAGGAUGGGGAGCUCGCCCUGAUGCGUAAAGCGGCCACCGUCACUUCGGAGGUUUUCACCAAGUUCUUGAAGGAGCGUGUCAUGGAGAUAGUAGAUGCUGACGAGAAAGUGCGGCACAGCAAGCUGGCAGAGUCUGUAGAGAAGGCCAUCGAGGAGAAGAAAUACCUGUCCGGGGCAGACCCCUCCACCGUGGAGAUGUGCUACCCUCCCAUUAUCCAGAGCGGGGGAAAUUACAACCUCAAGUUUAGUGUCGUCAGUGAGAAGAGCUACAUGCAUUUUGGGACUAUCACUUGUGCCAUGGGCAUCCGCUACAAAUCCUACUGCUCCAACCUGGUGCGCACGCUCAUGGUGGACCCACCUCAGGAAACACAGGACAACUACACUUUCCUGCUGCAGUUGCAGGAGGAGAUGCUGAAAGAACUGCGGCAUGGUACAAAGCUGUGUGAGGUCUACGCUGCUGUCAUGGAUAUGGUGAAGAAGCAAAAACCAGAGCUCUUGAGCAAAACCACCAAGAACUUGGGGUUUGCCAUGGGCAUCGAGUUCAGAGAGGGAUCACUCGUGAUCAAUAGCAAAAACCAGUAUCGGCUCAAAAAAGGAAUGGUUUUCAGCCUCAAUGUGGGGUUCUCAGACCUGCCCAACAAAGAGGGAAAGAAAACAGAGGAGAAAACGUAUGCACUGUUCAUCGGGGACACAGUCUUGGUAGAAGAGGAUGGCCCAGCUACUAUCCUGACUUCUGUCAAGAAGAAAGUCAAGAACGUCAGUAUUUUGCUCAAGAAAGAAGAUGAAGAGGAGGAGGAGGAAGAAGAUGAUACUGAGGGAAUCCUGCUUGGCCGUGGUUCCCGGGCAGCCCUGCUACCAGAAAGAACUCGGAACGAAAUGACAGCUGAGGAGAAGCGCCGGGCGCACCAGAAGGAACUAGCCACCCAGCUCAAUGAAGAAGCCCGGAGACGUCUAACAGAACAAAAGGGGGAGCAGCAGAUCCAGAAGGCGCGCAAGUCAAAUGUCUCCUACAAAAAUCCAUCCCUGAUGCCGAAGGAGCCUCACAUCCGGGAGAUGAAAAUCUACAUCGACAAGAAGUAUGAGACUGUCAUCAUGCCUGUCUUUGGCAUUGCCACUCCUUUCCACAUUGCCACCAUCAAGAACAUCAGUAUGUCAGUGGAAGGUGACUACACCUACCUGAGAAUCAACUUCUACUGCCCAGGCAGUGCUUUGGGCCGCAACGAAGGCAACAUCUUCCCCAACCCUGAAGCCACCUUUGUGAAAGAAAUAACGUAUCGGGCAUCCAAUAUAAAAACGCCUGGGGAGCAGACAGUGCCAGCUCUCAACCUCCAGAACGCCUUCCGUAUCAUCAAGGAGGUGCAGAAGCGCUACAAAACCCGCGAGGCUGAAGAGAAAGAGAAGGAGGGAAUUGUCAAACAAGACUCUCUAGUGAUCAACUUGAACCGCAGCAACCCCAAGCUGAAGGACCUUUACAUCCGCCCCAACAUUGCCCAGAAAAGGAUGCAGGGGUCUCUGGAGGCCCACGUCAAUGGUUUCCGCUUCACCUCCGUGCGGGGAGACAAAGUGGACAUCCUAUACAACAACAUCAAACACGCUGUGUUCCAGCCCUGUGAUGGGGAGAUGAUCAUCGUACUACACUUUCACCUCAAGAAUGCCAUCAUGUUUGGCAAGAAGCGACACACAGAUGUGCAGUUUUAUACUGAGGUGGGCGAAAUCACCACCGACCUGGGCAAGCAUCAGCACAUGCAUGACCGUGAUGACCUCUACGCUGAGCAGAUGGAGCGAGAGAUGAGGCACAAGCUGAAAACUGCAUUCAAGAAUUUCAUUGAGAAGGUAGAGUCACUGACCAAGGAGGAACUGGAAUUCGAGGUGCCCUUCCGGGAACUGGGGUUUAAUGGCGCCCCCUACAGAAGCACCUGUCUGCUCCAGCCAACCAGCAGUGCCCUGGUGAAUUGCACUGAGUGGCCUCCAUUCGUGGUGACACUGGAUGAGGUGGAGCUGAUACAUUUUGAACGUGUGCAGUUCCACCUGAAGAACUUCGACAUGGUCAUCGUCUACAAAGACUACAGCAAAAAGGUCACAAUGAUCAACGCCAUUCCUGUGGCCUCACUUGACCCCAUCAAGGAGUGGCUCAACUCUUGUGACAUUAAGUACACAGAAGGGGUACAGUCCCUCAACUGGACCAAAAUCAUGAAAACUAUUGUGGAUGACCCAGAAGGCUUCUUUGAGCAAGGAGGCUGGUCUUUCCUUGAGCCUGAGGGAGAGGGAAGCGACGCCGAAGCUGGGGAGUCUGAAUCCGAGAUAGAAGACGAGACGUUCAACCCUUCCGAGGAAGAGUACGAAGAUGAGGAGGAAGACAGUGAUGAGGACUAUUCUUCUGAGGCUGAGGAAUCUGCAGAUUAUUCCAAGGAAUCCCUGGGCAGUGAAGAGGAGAGCGGGAAAGACUGGGAUGAGCUGGAGGAAGAAGCACGGAAAGCUGACCGUGAGAGCCGAUACGAGGAGGAGGAGGAACGAACCCGCAGCAUCAGCCGCAAGAGGAAGGGCCCGUCAUCCCAGAGUUCUUCCCACAAUCGCAGCUCUCACAGUCGCAGCCCUGGGCGAAGCUCGGGCCCCCCCAAGAAGAAGAGGAAGUAGGCGGCAAAUGCCGGCCCUUCCCAUCCACCAGUCUUUGGGGGGUUGGGGCUUUUGAGGCCUCAUCCAGCAGCCAACAUUUAGGGCAUGAGGGGCAGCCAACCCCUCCCCACAAACUUUUUCCUCUUUCCCACACGAACCCACACCCCUUUUUUCUGUUUUCUCUGGGGAGUAUUUUGUUUUUGUUCCUUGCGUCUCUUUUCCCCUCCCUGACCAUUUGUACGGACCAAUCAGCUGUGAGAGAGUUCCAGACCCUGCUGUUGUGCUAACCAUGGAUGCAAAUUCUGCUGUCUUGGGGAAGGCCCAGGAAUCUGGUGUCAAUGAUACGCUUCUCUGCUGUUCCCGCCUACCAUUUUCUGCCCUCUCCGCCUGUGGGGCAUGCUAACUCUCAGCUCUGUUCCGCUGUCCCUCCUCCCUGACUCCCAGAGUCUUCAUUGUCAGACAGAUCGAGGGCAGGGAGGUGCAGGUUGCCCUGAGAUUUACUCCAGAGUAAGAGCAUGUACUUCAGCAAAGCAAGCUUGUGCUACCUUUCUUGGCGUUUUGUGCUGAUGUGGGGGUGGGCUGGGGGAGAUGGAGGUUGAGUUCCUCUUUUUUGAAGCAGAGCACCGGAAGCCCCACCUUGGAACAGUGACAGAGAGGUGGGCAAGAGUUUUUGUACAGGAGACCAGGGAUGAGGAACACAAGUGAGAGAAAAGAGUUCUUGGGGGUUUUUUUCUGUUUUUCUUUUUUUGAAAAAUUGCCAGGCACUGUCCAUUUUUAUCUGUUUUCCUGGUUGCAGAGUUUGGUCUCCAGUAAACAAAUGUUUUAGGGAGGGGGUGGGUUGGGGUUGAAUAUAUUGCCUGCCCUUUGCCACCUGUGUGGAAAACGGGGUGAUUGAUCCAGGUGUGGGAGGGCAGGGAAAGGCUUUCUCAAACUCCUUUUUUCCACCCCGUAGCCAUUAGCACUCUCUGUAUUUUUGACUUUGGAAAAACUGAUCAAUAAAAAUGUUUUUUUAAGUA